AUGGCCUCCCAUUUAAACUCUGACGACACCGUUCCGCCAAUCAAUGCCACGGCGGUGGCUGUUGACAAGGACAACAAGAACAGCAACCAUGCCGUCCGAUUUGCUAUUGAUCAUCUUGUAGCUAACAAUGCCAACCCAUAUAUCAUCCUCAUCCACGUUAGGCACAAAAACCAUCAUCCACAUCAGAGUGAUGGUGAAUCGGGCAAUCAUGAUGGACAUCAUGUUUUCGUUCCUUACCGUGCAUACUGCGCACGUAAAGAGGCCCAAGUGAAAGAGGUUAUCCUUGAUGAUCAUGAUGUUGCUAAAGCACUUUUGGAGUACAUCAACAAUCACUACAUCAAUAAUGUUGUAGUUGGUGCAUCAACAAGGAAUGCUCUUACAAGAAAGUUCAAAAUUGGGUAUGAUGUGCCCACCAGCUUAGUAAAGCUUGCACCAGAGUUUUGCUCUGUAUAUGUAAUUUCGAAAGGGAAGAUGGUCGUCGGGCGAACUGCUAAGAGGCCGGUGGUCAAUACUGCUACUCCACCAAAACAACCAUCCCCACAGGGACUUCCACCUUGUAUUCCAACAGAACAAACUGAAGCAGACAAUGGAGCUAGAAGCAGAGGACAGCCUGCAGUAAGGGGAGGAUGGAACAGUGCAGGAGGAUCAGAGAAAAUUCCUGUGGCCCGAGAGAGGACGAGGAGUGCUCCAGUCAAUCUCUCAAUGGACAUUGACAUUCCUAAUCAUGGUUCGUCAAGGUGUUCGCUUAGCAGCCGGAAUUCGAAUGCGGAUGAGAAUGAAUUUCCAGGGAUGUUUAAUUCAUUUGGAUCAGUGGACAUCAUAAGCCAAGGGUUAGAUUUCUCCAGUGCAUCAUGUUCUCCCAAGGAGUCAUCCAGACAAUCUGCACGGGAUAUUGAAGCCGAAAUGAAAAGAUUGAAGCUGGAAUUAAAACAAACCAUGGACAUGUACAGCUCUGCCUGCAAAGAAGCAAUCUCAGCAAAAAAUAAGGCUAAAGAGCUUAGUCAGUGGAAGCAGGAGGAGGCUCGUAAAUUCGAGGAAGCCAGGCAUGCUGAAGAGGCAGCUCUUGCCAUUGCAGAGAUGGAAAAGGCAAAGUGCAAAGCUGCCAUUGAAGCAGCUGAGGCAUCACAGAGGGUGGCUGAGAUGGAAGCUCAGAGAAGAAGACAGGCAGAGAUGAAGGCGAAGAAAGAGACACAAGAGAAGAACCGGGCAUUGAAUGCUUUGGCGCAUAAUGAUGUCCGAUAUAGAAAGUACACCAUAGAAGAGAUUGAACAAGCCACUCAAGAGUUCUCAGCAUCAAACAAAAUUGGUGAAGGUGGAUAUGGACCUGUGUACAAAGGUAAACUCGACCACACACCGGUUGCGAUUAAGGUGUUAAGACCUGAUGCUGCUCAAGGGAGGAAGCAGUUCCAACAGGAGGUUGAGGUCCUGAGCUGCAUUAGAUAUCCUAACAUGGUCCUCUUGCUUGGUGCGUGCCCUGAAUUUGGAUGCCUAGUAUACGAAUACAUGGACAACGGAAGCUUGGAGGACCUGUUGUUUAGAAGAGGCAACACCCCUCCAAUUUCAUGGAGGAGGAGAUUCAAAAUAGCUGCUGAGAUUUCAACAACCCUUCUAUUCCUUCACCAAGCAAAGCCAGAGCCCCUUGUCCACCGGGACCUUAAGCCAGCCAACAUCCUCAUAGACCGUAACUAUGUGAGCAAAAUCAGUGAUGUCGGGCUGGCGCGCUUAGUUCCUCCAUCUUUGGCUGAUGAAGUGACACAAUAUCACAUGACUGCAGCUGCAGGGACAUUUUGUUACAUAGAUCCCGAGUAUCAACAAUCAGGCAUGCUAACAACAAAGUCGGAUAUAUACUCGUUGGGCAUAGUGCUACUCCAAAUCAUCACAGCCAAGCCAGCCAUGGGACUUUCUCACCAUGUCAGGAGGUCCAUUGAGAAAGGAACCUUUUCUGAGAUGCUUGAUCCCGCGGUGCCAGACUGGCCUAUCGAACUGGCUCUAGCAUUUGCUAAGUUGGCAUUACAAUGCGCAGAGCUAAGAAAGAAGGACAGGCCGGAUCUUGGCACAGUUGUAGUGCCCGAGCUUAACCGAUUAAGAGACUUUGGAAGGCAUGGUGAAGGAUCUCAUCCUGGACAUUUCACCACUGCUCAUAGUCAUAGCUCUGGGUUACGCCCUUCCACAUUAAGAUCAUCAACUACAAGUAGUCAGGAAUCAAUGAAUAAGAGUACUGCCGAGGACAGAGUUGAAGCGUAG